AUGCAGUCACUCACCAUAACUAUUGUAGGAGCAGGUAUCGGCGGUCUACAGGCAGCCCUCGCACUGAGCUCCUCCAACCACAAGAUCACAGUCCUAGAAAGCGCCUCCGCAUUUGAAGAAGUUGGCGCCGGGAUUCGCGUGCCACCAAAUUCAGUCCGACUGAGCGAAGCAUGGGGAGUGGACUUCAGCAAAGUGAAGAAAGGAAUUUCGCGCGGGGACCGCUUCAUGGACUGGAAAGGCAACAUCCUCCUCGAUUGCGUUUACAGCGAUGUGAAGGAGAGAUACGGCACGGAGUAUUACUUCAUCCAUCGUGCAGAUUUGAUAAAUCUGCUUGCGGAGACGCUCCAGCAGAGGAAAAAUGUGACAAUACGGUUGGGAGCCCGGGUCUUGUCCUACGAUUUUGAUAAGCCAUCAGUUACCCUUGCCAGUGGCGAAGUAAUAGCGUCUGAUCUCGUGGUCUGCGCAGAUGGGAUCAAGUCUGCCGCUAGGAAUGCUGUCAAUGGCUCUCCGAUCGCUCCGCAAGAUACAGGCGACGUCACAUAUCGCAUCUUGGUACCCGCUGCGCCUCUCCUCGCGGAUCCGGAGAUGCGCCAUUUAGUGACUGAGCCGUGGGCAACACAAUGGUUGGGACCAGAAGGGCACGCGGUGAGCUAUCCGCUCCGUGAAGGCGAAUUAUACAAUAUCAUUCUCUAUGUGACGCACGGUUCUGACAAAGGCGAGCCAGUAGGAGAGGACGUGUGGAAGAGUGCGAGGAACAACGGAGAGCUCGUGGAGAGAUUCCACGACUGGUGUCCGCAGGUGCGGAAACUGUGUGCCAUGACGGGAGAGUACUUGAAGUGGAGAUUGGCCGACUUCUCGCAGUUAGGCAGUUGGGUGCAUGCCAGUGGGAAAGUGUGUCUGCUCGGAGAUGCGUGCCAUCCAAUGAUGCCCAGCAUGGCGCAAGGCGCUGCUCAAGAUACCGAAGACGCGGCUGCGCUGAAAGCAGCGCUCGAUACCGAGACAAGUAUUCCAGCAGCGUUGGCGAAAUACCAGAAGGUUAGGUUACCAAGAGCGGCAUAUGUGGCGAAGAAUACAAGAGUAUUGCAGGAGUGGCUGCACCUGUACGACGGACCUGCGAGACAGGAGCGAGAUGAAUUGAUGCAGCGGGACGAUGCAAGCAAUCCAAUCUUCUGGGGAUGUCGGGAAAGGAACGAUUGGCUGUUCGGGCACAAUGCUCUGAAUCUCAGUGAUAACGAGAAGAUCCCCUCGCUACCACCCGUGCCAACGGUUCAGGCAUCGGUGUAUCGAAGGACGAGGAGCAGUGAAUGCUGA